AUCAAUCGCUUACCAUGGAUAUGGAAAAGAAUUUCCACAUGAAAGGAGGCCUUGGAGACACCAGCUAUUCCAUGAAUUCUUCCCUUCAGAAAAGAGUUGCUGAUAAGGUCAAGCACAUAACACUAGAAUCCAUACAAGAAAUGUACAGUAAAACGGCGCCGGAGAUCGUAUCUAUCGCCGACUUAGGCUGCUCGUCGGGCCCGAACACUCUGUCCAACAUCAAAGACCUUGUCUGCGCGGUAGAGAUCGCGGCCGGGAAUAUGGCGCGACCGGUGCCUGAAUUUCGAGUUGCGCUAAACGAUCUCCCCACAAAUGACUUCAACACCAUUUUUCAAGCCCUCCCGGAUCUCUACCGCGAGCUUAAAAUUGGCGCCGGCCGGUCUCUGUGUGUUUACAUCGGCGCUUAUCCCGGCACAUUCUACGGCAGGCUCUUUCCGACCAAGUCUUUGCACUUUGUCUACUCUUCCAAUAGCUUGCACUGGCUAUCUAAGGUUCCUCCAGGUAUUUACGACAAAAAUGGUGAGACGAUGAACAAAGGGAGCUUGUACAUUUCUGUGAGGAGUCCACCUCAAGUAGUCCAAGCAUACUUGAAACAGUUCCAAGAGGACUUCUCUUUGUUCCUAAAGUCGCGAUCCGAGGAAUUGAUGAGCGGGGGAAGAAUGGUGUUGGUAAUGUUGGGUAGGAGAGGCUCAAGCCACGCUGAUCGCGAAACUUCACUCCUUUGGGAACUUUUGUAUCAAUCUCUUGUGGAUCUUGCAAACCAGGGUGAAUUGGAGAAGGAAAAAGUCGAUAGGUACGAGGUCCACUUCUAUGCACCAUCGAAGGAGGAGUUGGAAGACGAGAUAAGAAAGGAAGGGUCCUUCCGCGUGGAGCUGAUGGAAGCAUUCGAAAUGGGGAAGGAUCGUGCGAACUAUGGCAAAGUAGUGACCUUGACGGUUAGGUCCAUUCAAGAAUCGAUGUUAGCGCACCACUUUGGGGAGACAAUCUUGGACAAAUUGUUCGAACAUUAUGGGAGAUUGAUCGACGAACACCUUGCCAAAGAGGAUAUUAAGUCUAUUUCUAGAGUGAUGGUUCUCACCAAGCUAUGAAAUCCAUUUUUACUAUCCAACUUGCAUAGACAUGACAAUUACUUUAUCUUGCUAAAUUAUAUGGGAUAAAUAUUUUUUUUUAGCCUCGUAUGUUUUACCUUUUAUAAUUCUCGUCUUUUGAUUUGUAGUUGUUGAAAAAGUUUUUAGUACUGAAAUACUCUCUACAUGUGUUGAUAUUGACUAGUCAUUU